AUGAAGCCAGUCAAGAGGCUGGACAGCCCAGACUACUACAUGAUUGCAUGGAUCGCGCCGCUCCCCGUCGAGUGCGCGGCCGUGACGGCCUUGCUGGACGAAGCACACGCCGAGCCGCAUGGCUUUGAGCAGCAUGAGGCCGAUCCGAACUCGUACACGUGGGGUCGCAUGGGGGCGCACGACCUGGUCAUCGCCUCGCUACCGGCCGCCGCAACCGGGACCGUGUCGGCCGCCACCACGGCGUCGGGCGUGCUGUCGUCGCUGCCGCACAUUCGCAUCGGGCUACUCGUAGGCAUUGGCGGCGGCAUUGCCAGCCCGGACGAGGGUGGUCGCGACGUGCGGCUCGGCGACGUCGUCGUCAGCCUGCCCACCGGAGCCACGGGCGGCGUCGUGCAGUACGACUUGGUCAAGGCCAAGCCAGACGGCGAGCGCGAGCGCACCGGCUUCCUCAACAUGCCCCCGCAGGUCCUCCUGCACGCGCUAGGCAAGCUGCGCGCCAAGCACCGCCGCGUUGGCUCCAGACUCGGCGCCCUGCUCCAAGACAUGUGCAAGGAGAACCCCUUCAUGGCCAGAGCAACCGAGCUGGGUCCGGGGUUCGUUCACCAAGGGCUAGACAACGACAGGCUGUUCAAUGCCUCGUACGGACAUGCCGGGGGACCCGACUGUCUCGGUUGCGACGUCCGCGAGGAGGUCCGGCGCGAGGCCAGAGACUCGACAGAGCCGAGGAUCCACUAUGGUAUCAUCGCGUCGGGAGACACGCUGGUAAAGGACGCGGCCGAGCGGGCUAAGAUCGUGGAACUCGUCGGCAAGGGCUGUCUCUGUGUCGAGAUGGAAGCGGCCGGACUCAUGAACCACUUCCCAUGCCUCGUGAUCCGCGGCAUCUCUGACUACGCAGACUCGCACAAGAACGACCAGUGGCAGCCCUACGCCUCUGCCACGGCCGCAGCGUUUGGGAAAGAGCUCCUCGAGCAUGUUCCGUCAGGCCAGCUGCGGAAGACGCCAAGGGCCUUUGAGCUCCUCCAAUCUAUCGAAAAAGAAAUCAAGGACAUUGCACCCAAGCUCAGCGCCAUCUCUGCGUGGGACGACAGCCGCAGGUCAGACCGACAUGCCAACAAGAUCCGAAAGUGGCUCUGGCCCACUGAUCCCUCCACGGUCCACUGUGCCGCUAGGCGCAAGCGGCACGAGGGCACGGGAAAUUGGCUCAUCACCAGCCCGCCCUUUGUCCAGUGGAAGUCGGGAUUGCGCCGCCACCUGUGGUACCACGGCCUAGCGGGCUGCGGCAAGACGGUGCUCGCCUCCACCGUCGUCGACCACCUGCACGACGCUCGUCGUUCCGACUCUGAUGUCUGCCUCAGCUUCUUCUUUGACUUUCGCGAGAAAGACAAGCAACGCCUCGACGACUUGCUGCGUUCGCUGAUCUUCCAGCUCUCGUCACAGCACGUCAACGCACAGCAAGCCCUCGACGAGCUCUUUGCCCUGUGCAACGAGGGCACGAAGCAGCCCGCGACCGACGCCAUGACGGGCACGCUUCGAAAGAUGCUGCAGCAUUCCCCAAGGGCCUGGGUCGUGCUGGAUGCUCUUGACGAGUGCAGCACCCGAGGGGAGCUGCUCGACUGGCUCGAGACGCUCGCGAGUCCUGACCUCGCCCACAUCCAACUGAUCGCGACCAGCAGGCUCAUUGGGGAGCUCGAGUCCGGGCUCGGCUGGUGGUUUCGCGACGACUGCAUGAUCCCCAUAGACAACGCUUCGGUGGGCGAGGACAUAGGCUCCUACGUCAAGGCGAGGCUCCGGACCGGCCAACUCCAGAAGAGAUGGGCUUCGGAGCCCGCCAUAUUGGACGAGAUUGAAUCCGCGAUUAGGAAAAUGGCUGGCGCAAUGUUUAGAUGGGCAGCGUGCCAGCUCGAUACCCUCGAACGUUGCCUGGACUACGACGAGCUCGAAACAGCGCUGCAUUCCCUGCCCAAGGAUCUGGGUGAAACAUACUCAAGGAUGCUUGACGCGAUUCCCGAAAACCGGAGAGGAAAGGCGGUUCGAAUCCUGCAGCUUCUUACAUACUCGGAGCGACCCUUGACAAUCCAAGAAGCUGUCGACGUUGUCGCAAUUCGCCUCGAGAGUGCCACGAAGUUCGAUCCAAAAUACCGGUUAAAGUGUCCAGGCGAAAUUACCAUGUUUUGUCCGUGUCUCGUGUCCCUGGUCAAAAAACAAUUCCAGGGCAGAGAGAGGACGGAGCUUGAGUUGGCCCAUCUUUCAGUCAAGGAAUACUUGAUGUCUGAGCUCCCCCCCGAACCUUUCCGAAGCGGCCUUUACGAACCGGACGCGAGGCGUUGCAUAACACGAUGCUGCCUGGCCUAUCUUUCUUGCCUCGGGUCCGAAACCCCAAGAACCAAACCGUCCCCGCUCGAGCAAUAUCACCUGGUUGUCGCAGUCCGGGCACGAUUCCCAUUCGCACGCUACUCGGUGCGGUAUUGGUUGAAUUAUGAAAAGCCUGACGAGGCCAAGGAUGAGAUCACGACGACCAUUGUUCAUUUCUUGAACAACAGGGCUGCAUUCACAAUGUGGCGCCUCCUGUUUGAGUACGAACGCCCUCUGGAUGACAUGGCGAACCGAAACACGCUUCCUCCGAUCCACUUCGCCUCGCUUCAGGACGAGAGACCAGACAUGAGCUGGCGGCUGCGGAAACUGUCUGAAGUCGACGUCAAUGCGCGGGGCGGCACCUUUGGCAAUGCUCUGCAGGCUGCCUCGGUCAUCGGCCAUGCCAGCGUUGUCCGGGAACUGCUCAAGGGAGGCGCCGAUGUGAACGCCCAGGGCGGCAUCUUUGGCACCGCUCUGCAGGCUGCCUCGCUCAUGGGCCAUUCAGAAAACGUCUUGCAGCUCCUUCACAAGGGCGCCGACGUCAACGCACAGUGCGGGCCGUUUCGGAACGCGCUCCAGGCUGCCUCGACCAUGGGCCACAAGGAAGUGGUCCAGUUGCUGCUGAGCCAGGGCGCGCGGCGCUCAAACCAGGUCGACGUGAUCCUCAACUUCCGACGAACCCGGGAGCCCCUCGAUAGGUGGUCGGACAUCUUGGGCUCUUAGUCUUGUUGGAUUCGGGCCAGCAAACAAUUGCAGCUUCCCUUGCUCCUUGACGGCGUCUAAGAUGCUUCUAACUCUGUAUGUUGAUCAGGUUCUCCCAAGAACGACUCUUUCCCGAGUUUUAGCGUUAGAGUUCUUGCUCAUUUCGUUAAAAUAUGG